AUGAGUGCGCUACAGUCCGAUCCGAAUCCUCCUCGUGAGUCCAAUACUACUGCGCCCUCGUCUCCUAACAUCGCGGCCAAAGCGGAGCAGUCGAUUCUUCCACUCCACCACAGAAAGGGUCGCGCAUUCUUCCGGGUCGACACGGCUGGCGAGAGCGGGAGAGCCGGUUUCAACCCUCUGUUCUUCCUCAAGAUCUGCUGGAGAAGCACAACGCCCUUGUCAAAAUAUGUUAAUGUGCUGUGGCCGUUUGUUCCCCCCGCAAUCGUUCUGCAUUUUGCUCGACCGGACCUGCAUCUGUGGGUGUUUAGCUUAAAUUACAUUGCCAUGGUCCCCUCCGCCAAUCUGCUGGGUUUUGCGGGCGGAGAACUGGCGAGGAAGAUGCCCAAGGUCCUGGGAGUGUUGCUUGAAACCCUUUUGAGCGGCACAGUCGAGAUCGUCCUGUUUAUGGUUUUGAUUUCCAAUGACCACAACAACAACCUCAUACCCGUUAUACAAGCUGCCAUUCUGGGAUCUAUUUUAGCGAACCUUCUUCUUUGCUUAGGCUGCUGCUUCUUCAUGGGGGGGCUGCGCCGUAACGAACAGGUUUUCCACGAAGUGGUCAGUGAAACUGGAUCGGGGUUGAUGCUGGUCGCGGGUUUCGGCCUUAUGAUUCCCAGCGCAUUUUAUUCUGCUUUGGCUGGUAGCACCUCCUCUGACGGGGCAUUCACAGCAGCCGUUCUACUCAACAAUACCCGUACCAUUAGUCGCGCGACCUCCAUCAUCCUGGUAGUUGCAUUUUUUCUCUCCAGAUUCCUCUGGUUUAACUUGCGAAGCCAUCAUGGUAUCUAUGACGAAGUUCUUGAAUUCGAUGAGGCCCAGGAUGAAGACAGAGUUGAGGAAUCACGACGGGCCAAGCUUACCCUGACCGAAGCCGUCAUCGCUGUCCUGAUUUCCCUCAUUUGCGUAUGCUUUCACGCCGUUUUCCUUGUCCAGAAAAUCCCAGCGAUCGUCGAACGAGGGGUGCCAGACAACUUUAUAGGUCUCAUCCUCGUUCCGUUGGUUGAAAAAGCUGCCGAGCACUUGACAGCCAUCGAUGAAGCAUGGGAUAACCAAAUAAACCUUGCUUUAUCUCACUGCCUCGCUCCAUCGAUUCAAACAGCCCUUUUCAACGCUCCUCUGGUCGUAAUCGUGGGCUGGGGACUGGGCAAGCAGAUGGACCUCAAUUUCGAGAUAUUCAUGAUUGUGUUGCUGGUACUGUCGAUCAUCGUCGUGGGUAAUUUCCUCCGCGACCGCAAGUCGAAUUAUCUCGAAGGAGGUCUUCUUGUUCUUGUAUACUUGAUCAUUGCGGUGACGAGCUGGUACUACCCAAACCCUCAUGAUGACGCUACCAAUUUGCAGCUACCACACGACGAUUCCUCUGGGCACUAA